CGUGAGGAUUGCUUUAGCUGCGAUAGCUGCGAGAGGACGCAGUCGCCUCAAAAACAGAUGCAAAUUGACAAUGUUGACGUAUGCAAAAGACCAGGAACUACUAGAGGAGCUUGUCAAAGAUGGUCGAAUGAACUAUUCUGAAUGGCCUGGCCUGCUUGACCGCAUCGGAUCACGAUUAGAGCAUAUAGUUCAUAAUGAAUUUCCAAUACCGAAAUUGCCCACACCUGGCUCACACCCGCCAUCAUCUCCACCGCAACAUGCUUCAGAAGGCGCCGAUACCCUAAAUACUACCUCAUCCUCCCAGGACUCUCAAACGACAGAUAAAGAAAACGCGCCCCCGCCAGCCAAACGCCCGCGAUUGCCAUCGAAUAGCCAUCCGAAUCAAAGACCGACUCUCGACCAAAGCACGUCCGUGCAGCCUCCAGAAGGCACCCUUCCCCCGCAACUUCUUUCUCUCCUCACAUCCAUUCUCCACACUCUACAAACAAACUUCUCCAAAACCCCGCCGCACACAGUACAGCGUCUUGCAGAGCUCCUUCUCCAGCCGCGGGCACACUACCGUACCCUGCCAUCUUACCUCCGUGCUCUCGACCGCGUCGUAUCUGUUUCUUCUGGCGCAGAUAUCUUCCCCCUGCCACAUGCUGUGUUCCCGAAGAAUGGCGACGCAAACAGCGUUCUUAACGGCAUUGCACCACCAGUCACCAACACCCCUAUGAUGACUGGUGCAAUAGGCAGCGAUGAGAGCCUUGGCGGCGCACUGCUUACGCCUAUUCCGUGGCUGCAAAACGUCUCUGUUACCCGGGACGCAGCCGACGACGAGGACCUCGACACCACCGAGACGGGUGGCGCCAGCGACUUAUUAAAUACUGAAAAUGCUGAAGGUGCCAGCACUGGAGCAGGCAACCAUAUUGAGGACAUAUCCAACGGGAUUAGCCAUUCGCGCCGUGACCAUGGAGGCGUCACUCAGGGCGAACUUCUGCGCCAGGAACAAGAAGCUGGCGUAAUACCCGUAUCUCAAACUCGAAACCCCAUUGCGCGUGCGCGCAUGGCGUCCAGUGCCACAGGAGAAUCUGAAACCGCGCCCGUUGGCGAAGGCGGGGAAGACGAGCUCCCGCACGCGCGGGGCCCAGAAGAAGUCGGCGUCGAAGACAUGGGUCCGCAAGAGCGCGCGCCCGGUGCCGGAGCAGGUUUCAGUGUCGAGGCUGCUCUCGGAAGAAGCGUGCCGACUUCUACCACGGAGUUGACGCCUACACAGACAACUACGGAGCAGCACUCCGAAGGCGCCAAUAAGCCCGAGCAACAACAAACUUCCACGGAGGCCGAGUCCCAGUCCGCAAAAGACGAAGAAAACCUAUCAAAGUCAAGCGCGGAAAAAGAAAAAGACGGGAACGAUGGGAACGGCGAUACAGUCAUGGUCACAGAUCCAGAUGGGAAGACAGAAGAAGGCGAACAAACAACAACCUCGACAACGACUAGGGGUGAUGCCACGGGCGACAAUGAAGGUCCAGACGCAGUUGAUACCACUAUGCGAUGAUGAUUAAUGACCAUUACCUUUGAAUAUACUACGAUAAAAUUAUUGGCCCUUUUCUUUUCGUCCCUUUUGACAUCCUUCUCAUCUUUUUCAUGGGCCAGGGACCGAUUGACAUCCCUAUUCAAAGUGUAAUUUUCUCCAUCCCUAUUAUUUAUUUAACUUGAAUCCUUCCAUUUUCUCUGUUCUGUCUCAAUCGGGGCAAAAAGUGAUAAGUGACAGAUCGUUAAUAGCAAUGAGUAGUCGCUUGGCACGAGUGAGCGUUUCUCUGCCUGGGCCCUCGCUGCAGUACCAUGAGUACGGGUUACUAUCACACUAAUGCAUUUCAUUCAAUUCAUCGCUAUUAUCCCAUC